AUGUACCCAAGCUCUCAACAUCCCAUCAAGUCCGGCUUCAACACAAACUGCAGCGUCCCCGAGCUGCUGACCGCCUUGUGUGACAGCAGCCUGGCCGGUGUGUCGUGGAAGCGUCGGGCCCUUGGAGGCGUCUCAAGAGAAGGUUUUCGGAGAGCUCUGAAGAAGCGAGCCUACGGUGCUCUGCUGUCCAAGCUUUUCCAGAGUGCCGCCAAAGCACCUGCCUUGUCGGGCGUCACGGUGAACUCGCCUCCAAGGAACAGAGUCCUGAUGAUAUGUUUUGACCUGAGAGUGGCAGGCUGCCGGGAAGAGGCAGAGAGGCUGGAGGAGCUGCUGGAGAAGCUUCCGGACGGGGCGUCCUCCGGCUUGAACGAGGUAGAUUCGAUCCUCGAGCUCCUGGUGCACCUGGCUGGCUCCACACCUCCGCCGCCACCCUCCUUCAGUCGGGACUACAUGAGGCGGGAGAGGCCCGUGCUACGGAGGCCCGCGCCCUGGCCCUACCAGUGUGAGGAGCUUCAGAGGCUGGAGGCCUGUGCCUGGGGGCUCGUAUGUGGGGAGGAAUGGGCGUCCUUGGAACGCUUGUGUGAGACUCAGAACCUGAUGGAAGCUCAGCCGUGCGCGGGCUUGCUGACUCUCAAGACUAGAAUGGAUGCGGAGGAAAGAUUUGAAAAGGACACCAGGUUGACCUUGUUUGGAGCCUUGCAGCACACUCGAACUUCAGACUUGGAUAUCAAAUUGGGCCUUCCUCCUGUGCCCAGCAACAUAGAUGUAACUGGACUUGCCAUCAGGGUUCCACCAUGUUUGGAUCAGUCUGACGAUGAAGGUUUCCAAUCUGCCUCCAACCUGACGCCGGACUCUCAGUCAGAGCCUAGCCCCGUUCCUGAGGUGGACAUGUGGGAGGCUUUGCGGACGUUCGAGCCCGGAUUGCGCUGCUGCUGGGAGUCGGUCGGCUGGCCACCGGGCAGGAGAGAGUCUCUGUACCUUAGCGAGAGUGGCAGAGAGGCCUUUGACCAGCUCUAUCGCCUCUGGGAGGGCGAAAUGAGGGUGGUCAGUGGAAGCGUACCUUCCCCGCUCAUCCCACUGCCUGUUGACUCUCAAGGGCAGCUCGUGGGAGACCUCCUGAACGUGCUGAUUGGUGUGGCGUCCACCACCUUUCCUCUCAACCAGAGCGUCCAGUUCGACGUCCGCCCUGGCGUGUGUGUGUCAGGAGUCUCUCCGGAAAGUGUCUCUCGUCUUUUGGGAGAGCUGGCCCAGUAUGGCACCUACUACCUGAGGCUCAGUCGCUUUUCUCUGCAGAGCCCUGAAAAGAAGGGCCUUGUCUUCCAGGCGUUCACAGGGGGUCUGAGAAAGUACUUGCAUUACUACCGAGCAUGUGUUCUCAGCACUCCUCCGAGACUCAGCCUGCUGACCAUUGGUUUCCUCUUCCGCAAAGUUGGCCAACAGCUCAGGUAUCUGUCAGAACUGUGCCAUGUGGACGGCCCUCUGGGUGGCGACCGGGCCGCCUUCCCUGUGGGCGUGAAACUGCUCUCCCACCUGUACAACGAAGCCCAGAACAACUGCAGCAAUGAGAACUACCCAGUUCUGCUCUCGCUCCUCAAGAGUAGCUGCGAGCCGUACACUAGGUUCGUAUCCGACUGGGUGUACAGCGGCGUGUUUCGAGACGUUUAUGGCGAGUUCAUGAUCCAAGUCAAUGAAGAGUACCUCAGCUAUAGAGACAAACACUUCUGGUUUCAAGGAUACACUUUGAUCUCAAAAGACGUAGAGGAGUGCGUCCCUGUUUUCCUGAGGCACAUCGCGAACGAUGUGUAUGUCUGUGGCAAGACCAUCAACCUCCUUAAAAUAUGCUGCCCUCAGCACUACAUUUGCUUGUCAGAGCUUCCCGUGCCACGCAUCGCCGUCACCUUCUCCCUGCAGGAAGUGGAGGGAAUUGAGAGAGACUGUGCCGUGUACCGCGGCCGCAUGGAGAGAAUCGCCAAGCACAGCGCUGUCAGCCGGGAAGUGCAGGCCCAGCGAGCGGAGGAGGCACGCCAGGAGCUGAUCAAUCAGGUCAGAGCGUCAGCAGCCAAAACCCUGGAGAGCAUCCGCGGCCGCCAGGUGUCACAGCGUCUGUCUGAGGAGGCCAGGAAAAGGGAGCGGUUUGAGGAGCUAAAGCAGCAUCUGGAACAGGAGCAGCAGUGGCGCAGUAUGGCCAAGAAAAAGCAUGAGGAAGAUGAGUUCAGCUUCGCCAGAGAACUGAGGGACCGGGAAAAGAGACUCCAAGCGCUAGAGGAGCAAUUGGAGCAGAGAGCCAGGAAGGAGCUGAUCGCCCAGUACAGCCACCUCUCAGAAGAAGCGGCACGUAAGGAGCGACGAGCCUUGUGGAGGGCGCAGAGGAUGAGACUCAACGAGGCUCGAUUGCAAUUUUUCGCGCUCAACCAGCAACAGUUACGGGACAUAUUGAAGAAGUAUCCUUUGGGUCAAGAGAGACCUCCAGCUUCACCAACUUGGGACUUGCUCGAAAUUCCCACCGAGCAGUGUCUGAAAAUGAAAACAGAGGCGCCUCAAGAAUCCGAACCGUCUCAGACAAUGGACAUGAAUGCCUUCAUCUCUGGCGAUUCGCGUGUGGGGUCACCAGACCCUGACUAUACCCAGCAUUUGGAUGCAGCCCUGCGGGAAAUCGGCUCAGACAUUCCUGAGGCCUGUCCCACUGCACAGCUUAUAGACUAUGAUUUCAGCGCCCUCUUCAGUCCGCUUAAAGGAAUCGCUGGGCGGCAAUCGCCAGCCCGCCUCAGGCCUCCUUGUAGUUCUACUCUUCUGCAGCCAGAUGUGAUCCACAACCAUCCCUCCUUUUCCCACUUUCCCGUAGGGGAGAACGUGCCUCUGAUCCACAACAGCCUCCCCGCGGCUAGUCCCUUUGGCAUUGUUACCAAAUCUAACAUCUCCCUAGAACAGUACGUUCCGGAGAUUCCUCAAAACGAAUCCAAAGCUAAUGGGCCGACUUCUCAGGAUGUUAUGCGACUAGGACAAGGUGACAGUUACUUAAAUGUGGAGCAAAGCCAGGUUCCGGAAUUACAGGAAGAUGUGGCUAAGAAAGAUGAAGAGCAUCCUUUACUACAAGAAAAACUUGGCAUUCUUUGUAAUUGUAAAGAGGUUUGUUCUUCAAAGGCAUAUUCAAACCUGAGUACCCCUCAAACUUUGCACACUCCUAUGUCACAUCCCUCAGAUUCACACAUCAAGAUUGGCGAGCACGUCUCGGACAUCGAAACCCCUAACCCUUCCCCGAACGUCCACGGGCACUCCUCGCAUUCUCACAUCAAAGUUGGAGAAAAUGUGUCAGACUUUGUGCAGUCACUUCCUGUCCGAAACCUCCACGGUCACGCCUCGGACUCCAACAUGAAAAUUGGAGAAAAUGUCUCGGAUGUUGUCUCUUCACUUCCCUCUCCUGGCCUCUACGGUCACGCCUCCGACGCCCACAUCAAAGUGGGCGAACACGUUUCGGACGUUUUUUCUCCGCUGCCCGUGCCGAGCAUCCACGGGCACUCAUCGGAUGCUAACAUCAAAGUGGGCGAGUUUGUCUCGGACGUGUCCGAAGCUAAGCCUCGAUGGAGCAAGUACGGCCACGCCUCCGACUCUACUCUUCAGAUAGGCUGCGUGAUUUCAGGCGAGGUACCGAGUUCAGCACCCCUAAGAGGUGCUCACGGCCACAUCUCCAAUUCCAACUUGGGUGUCGGCUGCGUGGUCACCCAGAGCAACCCCCAUCCAUCCCCGUUGCCCGGCAGUCAAUACGGACACUCCUCGGACUCAGCUUUGGGGGUUGGUUGCGUGGUGUUGGACGCGAUACCACACGUACAGCUAGAUAGCGGGAAAGGAUGUGAAGUGGCUGAACAAAACCAGGAUGUAAAAGCUGGUGAGGCAGAGACGCAUGAGCAGCAGGCGGAGGCCAGCAGAUUUGUAUUAUCACCUGGAGAGAAGUCGGAACAAUAUCUCGAGGCUUUGUCUGCUCAGUACCAAGUGGAACACUAUGAAGACUGUUACAGCCUCAUGGCGUCGUCCCCUGAAUGUCAGCUGCUCAAACACGUGACCCGUGGUCCCCUAGCGCAGUCCGCCCUGCGCCACGCACCCGACGACUCAUCCGUGCACCUCAGCGAGAUGGUCUCCCUGCCGGUUCUGAUCAAACACUCGGUCACCGCCCCGCUCAUCACGCACGUGUCGCUGGUCAACAAAGCAGUGGUAGACUACUUCUUCGUGGAGUUGGGGGUGGAGCGCCACUUUGAGGCACUGCGCCACUUCUUGCUGAUGGAGGACGGCGAAUUCGCGCAGUCGCUUAGCGAUCGGCUAUUUGAAAAGCUGGGAAGUGGUCAGACCCCCGGCGAGCUUCUGACCCCGCUGGUGCUCAACUCCAUCCUCAGCAAGGCGCUGCAGUACAGCCUUCACGGCGACACGCCGCUCGCCGCCAACUUCACCUUCGCCCUGCGCUUCCUGCCCGAAACCUUCCACCCGCACGCCCCCGAUUCCCUCAACUGCUUGGAACUGCGGUACAAGGUGGACUGGCCGCUCAACAUCAUCAUGACGGACAGCUGCCUGAACAAGUACAACCGCCUAUUCUCCUUCCAGCUCCAGCUCAAGCACAUGCUAUGGAGCUUGCGAGACGUCUGGUUCCACCUCAAGAGGACUGCGUUAGUGAAAGGCGCAGGACACUCGGUGCAAUUCCGCCAACUGCAGCUGUACCGCCAUGAAAUGCAGCACUUCGUCAAGGUCAUCCAAGGGUACAUCGCCAACCAGAUCUUGCAGGUGUCGUGGAGCGAGUUCACCGCUAAGAUGGCCACCGCCUCCGACCUGGACGCCAUCCACCGCACGCACGCAGACUACCUCAACAGAGCCAUCUUCAGGGCUCUGCUGACGGAAAAAGCCGCUUCGGUGAUGAACAUCAUCCACAGCAUCUUCAGCUUGAUCCUAAAAUUUCGCGCGCAGCUGAUCGCGCUGCCUUGGUCCAGCCAGCAGGGGGAGGCGGUACACCCCAGCUUCAUCGCCAUGCAGCAGUCGUACAACACCUUCAAAUAUUACUCGCACUUCCUAUUCAAAGUGGUGACUAAGAUGGUGAACAGAGGCUAUCAGCCCCAUUUGGAAGACUUCCUACUACGCAUCAAUUUCAAUAACUACUACAAGGACUCUUGA